UUAUCCCAUUUUUUUCUUGCAAGUUUUUUAUUAAUCUGUUUGUUUUUUAUUUAGUAGUGAUGAGAAAAGGCUUAGAAAUACUUUCCAAAAAUUACAGUCUUUCUCGAUCAUAUCCCACGUGGACGCAUGAAACAUUAAGAUUCGUACAUUGCUUCGGCGAACUUGAACGCGAAAUAAUAAGCUAUCUCUAAAACCGAUUAUUUGUUUUUGUUCAUCCAACCCGAACACGGCACAACACACGUUGCAGAUGAACACGCGGCACCGACCGGCAAGCAUGCGCCAUAACGUUCCGCAAAUUCGAAAUGAACCCAUUUGUUUACAUUCGUGCCACUUGUUCGGUGUUCGGCAAGUUCACAAGACAGCACAUCAGAAACGGACAGUCGUUCGAGUGUGCUCCGGCUUGCCACACGUCGUACGCAGGGUUCUUAAUUGUACCCAAGGACGCGUCACGUUCAACGUGGUCUGUCCGUGUCUCUCGUGUGUACAAAGUGAUGUGUUUAACUGGUGUCCGAAAUAAAUUCAGUGCGUGUUAACUUACCAUUCAGUGCGGUUUUCGGCUUUCUGCAGCCCACCAUUUCGGGGGCUCUGAUAACGCGAAACCAACCUUUGCAGCGUACUCUCGUUAGCGAAAUUAUUUUAGCACAAAAACUGAUAACGUAUGCAACAACCUCAAGCGAACCGCCUGCUUGCCACAGCAAACGACGGGAGCCGGAUUUCGAACAAUUCAUCGGCAUAUCGGCAAAAUCACUUCUGCAAAUGAAUUUGCUGUUAAUUUUGCAACCGCUCGAUACCGCAUAGCAAUUAGUGGUGGCAUAAAUUAUUCACUCGUCCGAGCGAGCACUGGCAGCGUUUUGUUGCCGAAUCAACACAUACAUCACCUUCCGGGGCUAAAUACCAUCUCUCCGUCGCUCGGAGAACCGCCGUGAGGCAGAAAAAGUGCAUCGAGUGUAGGGAAGAAAAAAAAGAAGCUCCAUCGACGCUGAAUGCAUUCGAACACGGUCCGAACACGUGUGCACACCGACCGUCAUCAUACGUACGAUUGAAGGCGGUUACGCUUAAAUCACAACCAAACAUCAAACAGUGCAAAACAAACCAGUGAAACACAUUCCCGCCCGGACACAUCCACACGCACAUUGAUAAAGGACGGUAUACGGAUCGUGGAAAACCCGGUAGUGUGGAAAAUGAAUUGGACCCGUAAUCGAAUCAAUUAUGUAUAGAGUUGCAUUGCUGCUUCCGGUGUUGCUGCUGCUGCAGCUGCCAUCAUCCGUCGCACCAGCACUCGCCGUCCAUGAAUUAUCGUUCCUGGUGCUAAGUCAACCGGCCCGGUUCAAUGCCGCACGGGCCCAGCAGCUGAAGCGAAGCAUCGCCGACCAGAUAAGGGCACUGGAUCAGGAAAUUGCACCAACGCCGGAGCCGGAUAGCGUGUUUCUCACGCACGAACUGUUCCCCGAGCAGGAGGGUGCAUGGGCGAUUACACCGAUCCUUGGCCACAUCCGGACGGCUAUCCUGAAGUCGACGCACCGGACCGCCCGCUGGUUGAUCGUGUGCGAGGAGCAGAGCCACGUCAACGUGAGUCUAUUAGCGCACCAUUUGGCGAACGAGGAUUACCGGGAGAAACUCUUCCUCGGCUACCCACUGUACGAUCGGGAAGCGACCAUAAUUCAUCAUUUCGCAUUCUUCAAAAACCCAUCCAGCUUUCUCUACCCACUUCUGCGGGCCGGUAUCGCACUCACCAUCCCACUGGUCGAUCACCUGGUGCAGCUGCUAGCGGACGGUGCGGUCCGGCCCGCACUGUCCGAUUUCUUCAUCGAUGCGGCCCACGAGUUUGCGCUGGCCGUGUGGCAACAUGGUCAGGGAUUUCCGUUGCAGCCGCGUCGCUACUUUUGCGCCAAAGCGCUUCCGAACUGUGCGAUCCACGGUGCCGAGCCGGGACCGACUGACCGUAUGGAACGGGACGAACCGGACUGUCCGGAAAGCACGACCGAAGUCGAUCAGAUCAUGUUUGCGGUAAAAACAUGCGGCAAAUAUCACAAGGAUCGUGUACCGGCGCUGAAAAACACUUGGACCAAGUACGUGCAGCACCUGCGAUACUUCAGCGAUGUCGAUGAUCCAUCGAUACCGACCGUCGCCACGUCGGUGCCCAACUACAGUGCCGGCCACUGUGCCAAGACGUUGGAAAUUUUACAGCUGAUCGGGGAUGAGCUUCGCUAUAAUGGGAGCCUUCAGGCGAUCCGGUGGGUGAUGCUGGUGGACGAUGAUACGAUCCUCAGCCCAUCGUCGCUGGCGCGGUUUCUGAGCUGUUACGAUCCGGGGCGAGAUUUGUACCUUGGCGAACGGUACGGCUAUCAUCUGAUGGGUCCCGACGGCGGUGGCUACAAUUACGUGACCGGAGGCGGCGGCAUAGUGCUGAGUGUGGCCAUCCUGGACGCAUUGCAGCAAACGUGCGAAUGCCCAUCGGCAUCCUCACCGGACGAUAUGAUACUGGCGGCCUGCCUGCAGCGGCUCGGCAUCCGUCCGAUCCACUCGCCCCUGUUUCAUCAGGCCCGCCCGUCCGAUUACGCACCGGAACUGCUUGACCGGCAGGGUACGGUAUCCUUUCACAAGCACUGGCAGAUCGAUCCGCAGCAGGUGUACAACAGGUGGUUCCGCCAGCAGGACGAACGCUAUGCCCAGCGACGGCAGACACGUUCGGAGUGCCGCUAUCCCACACCGGUCGCGUCCAGCGAGCCCGUCUGCAAACACUCGACCCGCGUCCACAGCAGACCGGAGUCCGUGCCUAACCUGUGCCGGCAGGUCAAAGAUCAUCAUCUCGAUGCGUACCUGCGGCCGACGCGUCCCAACGUUAGCGUUCGCAACGAGAACAACAGCGUACGUGAGCACCCGAUUGGACCGAGGACGACAAACGAGGACGAAAAUAAACGGCCACCACAACAAACCAACCAUAAUGACCGUCAUCAACAUCCGGAACGAGUGUUACGGUUCGGUACGAAAGCGACCAAUCGUAAUGCGGUCGCCCCACAGAUGGACACGCACAGCCCAACCGGUGGGGGGACGGCGGUCCACAGUGUCGGGCCACCGCCACAGCAAAAACAUAUCGCUCGCCAACAUUUGUGCGAAAGUAAUGAGCUUCAAUCAAACGGCAACCUUUUGCUGAGACGGCAAAACCUCCAAGAGUCGACAAACAUAAUCAAACACACCGAUCUGUAGAGCUCGGUAGAGGCUGCCGGGAUUCGGAGUCGAGUCGGUCGGUGGGGAACCCAUUUGGAGAAGGAAUUAAAUGUGGAAAAGGUCUCUUCACGUCGGUCGGAUGGAAUCUCGGUCGGAGUACCGGACCGUGUGACCGUGUCACGUACGACCGCGUGCGCAUGUAGAUUUGUAAUGAAAUGCUAGUUCCAGUCUUUCAAAAACGACGGCCCUCUUCAUCGCUCGAUCUCGGGGCCCGUAAUGUGCUUUACAAAUAAAAAAUGGAAAUUUUAGCAAGAAAAAAAAAAAGCGGUAUGCAUACACCUGGGUGUGUAAGGCUACUUACUGUAGGAUACCACAUCAAAGUGGACGUGACUUGCUUAUACGUUGGAAAUAAAGAUUAUCAUGGGGCCGUACCACAUGCGGCGGUUAAGUACUGUAACGAGGAAUGGUUGAAAG